AUGGAUCGUUUGAGUGUUUUUGGCAUCUGGGUUGCUUUCUUUUUGGUCAUCCAUGGUGGUGAUGAUCAUCAUCAUCAUCAAGUCAAGAGUUUGAGAAAUAAGUAUAUCACUUGGGACGAUAUCGAUAUGCAAGACGAUGACCAGAAGAAACCAGAGGGGUUCAGUUUUGAAAAUGGAGAUGAGAAUGGGAGUAGAGUGAUUGUGGUUGAUCAAAGUGGUGAAAAGGGUCAUUCACUUACUGUACAAGGUGCCAUUGAUAUGGUCCCUUUUAACAAUUCCAUCAGGUUCAAAAUCUACAUCCUUCCUGGCAUUUACAGAGAAAAGGUGAUUGUUCCUGCUUCGAAGCCGUAUAUAUCUUUCAUCGGAGAUCAAAAUCGGGCUUCGGAAACCGUACUAAGCUGGAACGACAAAGCCUCCAACCGAUACAAAGAUGGUUCUGAACUUGGAACUUAUCGAACGGCUUCAGUCGACAUAGAAUCCGAUUACUUUUGUGCUUCUGGGAUAACCAUUGAGAAUACAGUAGUUGCAGAACCCGGAGGAUAUAAAAUGCAAGCCGUGGCAUUGCGGAUUGCCGGCAAUAAAGCCGUGCUUUAUAGAGUAAGGAUCUUAGGCAGCCAAGAUACUCUCCUAGAUGACCAUGGAUCUCACUAUUUCUACCGGUGUUACAUUCAAGGAUCGGUCGAUUUCAUCUUCGGCAACUCGAGAUCACUCUACAGGGAAUGUAUUCUGCAUUCAGUAGCCGAUAAAUAUGGAGCGAUUGCAGCUCAUCACAGGAACUCAAAAGACGAAGAUACCGGAUUUUCUUUUGUCAACUGUUCGAUAACGGGAAGCGGAGAUGCGAUCUACUUGGGGAGAGCGUGGGGGAAUUACUCGAGGGCGGUGUAUUCCUAUUGUGACAUUGAUAACAUCAUAGAGCCUUCGGGAUGGAGCGACUGGAACCAACCAUGGAGACAAAGGACGGCGGUGUUUGGAGAAUAUGAGUGCAGAGGAAAAGGCGCGGACCGAAAGAAUCGAGUAUCGUGGUCGAAAUCGUUGGAGUUUACAGAAGCAAUGCCUUUUCUUGAUUCAAACUUCAUUGAUGGAGAGCAGUGGCUGAGACUAUAG